AUGCGUAUUACGAACAUUAUUGCCGGUGCCUCUCUUUUAGGUGCUGCCAUGGCUGCUCCUCUAGGUCACGAGCACAAAGUCGCCAAACGUGACGCUGUGACCACCACUGUGCAGGCUCAAGUCACCGUUGUUGUUGGUGCAGGCGCUAACGGUGCUGCAAGCGCCUCCACCGUGCCAGCCGUCCAAGCUGCCGAGGUUGCUGCUACUCCAGCUUCUCCAGCUGCUGCCCCAGCUCCUACCUCAUCGGCUGCUCCAGCUGCCCCAGCUUCUAGCAGUGCAGCAACCUCUGAGGAAACUUCCGCUGCUUCAUCUUCCCCAGCUCCAGUCUCUUCGAGUUCUUCCAGCUCCAGCUCUUCCAGCUCUUCCAGCUCAUCUGGAUCUUCUGACUCUCUAGUCGGUGCCAGCGGUGCUAAAGGUAUCGUGUACUCUCCUUACAGUUCAAACGGUGGCUGUAAAUCUGCUAGCGAAGUCGCUUCAGAUUUCGAACAAUUGAAAGACUACCCAAUCAUUAGAUUAUACGGUGUCGACUGUAACCAGGUUGAAAACGCUUUGCAGGCAAAGAGCUCUUCUCAAAAGCUAUUUUUGGGUAUCUUUUUCAUGGACCAAAUUGAAUCCGGUAUCAGCCAAAUGGCUAAUGCUAUCAACCAGUACGGUUCUUGGGAUGACGUCGUCACCGUCUCUAUUGGUAAUGAAUUGGUUAACGGUGGUCAAGCCACUGUAUCUCAAGUUGGUGAAUAUGUUUCUACUGGUAGAUCCGCUUUGCAAUCUGCUGGCUACAGUGGUCCAGUUGUUUCUGUUGAAACUUUCAUCGCCGUUAUCAACAACCCAGGUCUUUGUGAACAUUCUGAUUACAUGGGUGUUAACGCGCACGCGUACUUCGAUCAAAACACCGUUGCUUCCGACUCUGGUAAAUGGUUACUGGAACAAAUCCAAAGAGUGUCCACCGCAUGUAAUAACGAAAAGACUGUUGUUGUAACAGAAUCCGGAUGGCCAUCUCAAGGUCAAACUUUUGGUGUUGCUGUCCCAUCUAAGGAAAACCAAGCGGCUGCUGUCAAAUCUAUCAUCAGCGAAUGUGGUUCUGACACUUACGUCUUCACUGCUUUCAACGAUUUAUGGAAGGCUGAUGGUGCUUAUGGCGUCGAAAAAUACUUUGGUAUUCUAUCGAACUAG